GAUGUCUGGGAAAUUAACAUUUUUGUUACUACUGCCUGAUGUGAAACAUGUCUGUAUUUAAUGGGUUUUGAUGGAUCUUGAAAGCUUGUGCUUUUUGGGUUUUGGGACUUGGUGCGUAAUCCAAUAGUCCUGUAAAAACUGACAAGUUCAGUAGUGCUGCAAUGAUUAAAAGAAACAUAUGUUUGAGAACUGAAGUUUUAAACUGUAUAUGCGUAUUGGAUCUGAUUAUCAAGAAGUUUGCGACUCCAAUGUUUGGAAAGUAGUCAAUUUGUUGGCUUAAUUCUGAGAGUAAAAAGAAUCCUUGAACUUUUCAGGAUGAGCCUUGUGUUUGAAUAGACAUGAAUUUUGCAUCUGAUUUUGCUGAGACACUCGUUGAUAUCAUUAGUGUAGGUGUUGUAUAUCCAUUUUUGCUCUAAUCAUUGACAUUGUUAGAUGUGUUAUAUGGUUGUUGUUUCGUCUGUCUCAUUCAAAAUGCGAGCCUUCCCAUACAUUUAGCAUGCAUGUACUUUUUCUGCUUGAUCUGAUGAGUUGAUAUUAACUAUCACAAUCCGAUCACAGGUUGAGAUUACUGCAUACAAAUCUGCAAUUGUGAUUCAGUGUCAGAUGAGACACAUUCUGUAGAUUGAGAUUUUGAUUUUGACUUGCCGUUGCAUAUGGAGGCCUCAGAAGCACAGUAUGCUGAAUUUGAGGAGAAGGUCAAAAGAACUGUUUACCUUGACAACCUCUCACCACAGGUCAAUGAAUCGAUUGUGAAACAAGCUCUGGAUCAGUUUGGGAAUGUGAAAAGUGUUCAAUUUAUUCCCAAUUACUUGGAAUCAAAGAACGUCCCACAAUGUGCAUUGAUUGAGAUGGAGAACCCAACAGAGGUCAAUGCCAUUGUCUCAGAUAUAGCGCAGAAGCCUUUCAUGAUUGGGGGGAUGCCCAGGCCUGUGAGGGCACGCAAGGCUAAAAUGGAGAUGUUUGACGAUCGCCCUGUAAAGCCCGGUAGAACAAUACAGUUUCGUUGGUUGGAGCCAAAUGAUCCUGAUUUUGAGGUGGCAAAGAAACUGAAGGAGCUUGCUAAAAUUCAUGCUGUGGAAGCUGAAUAUGUACUCAAGAAACAACUGGAGGAUGAAGAGAAGCUUGAAAAGCAGCAUCAAGAAUCCCUCAAAGCAACGCAUAAGAAGUAUAAAAUGAUAGAUAGUGUGAUAGCUGAUGGAACUACUAGGCAAUUGGCUCGCGGUUAUCAUCUUCGGGUUGCAGAUGACUGAAUUUUAGAGUAUUGAUGUAGUUUCUGAAAAAUGUCUCCAUUUUGGUCUGGUACCUCGGUUUUGGGUUCUGCAGUUGAAUUAAUUCAGAGACAAUGAUCUUUGGUGUAUGUAGCCUUUACUCAUGUACGGUUGAAAGCCUAGCUUUAUAUGAACCAAAGAAACCCAGCUUUUCCAAACCAUUCUGGUUUACCAGUUAUCAGAAACAACAACUAAGGAGGCAAUAUUCCUGUUUUA